UUUCGUCCAACCAGUCCUGUUCAGCUUCAGAAAGCCCGGAGUUGAGACUCUUAUUGGCUUGAAACCAAACCUUAUAAGUACGAUGCGGCUCCUGAACACGCGGACUAAGGAACUACGGGUUUUCUCCCACUCUCGCAUUCCAUAUGCUAUCCUAUCCCACACUUGGGGUUCGGAGGAAAUCACACUCCAGGACCUGCUCGCCGGAAAUGCGUCUAGUCUGAAAGGCUACAAGAAACUUAUUGGGGCUUGUAAUCAGGCAUUGUCAGAUGGGUUCGACUACAUAUGGAUCGACACUUGCUGUAUCGACAAGACCAGCUCAUCUGAGUUGACGGAGGCCAUCAAUUCCAUGUGGGUCUGGUAUCAGAACUCUCGCGUCUGUUAUGCAUACCUUGAAGACGUCACUCAGGAAGACGUUGAUAUUCUCGGUGGCUACUCUAAGAGUUUCAUGGAUAGUCGGUGGUUCACGCGCGGCUGGACGCUUCAAGAGCUGGUCGCAACUUCUACUGUCAUAUUCUACUCAGAUGACUGGUACGAAAUUGGUACACGAGACCAGAUGCGAGAACCUCUGGGGAAGAUUACCGGCAUCGACCACAAGUUCUUCGAGUAUGGAAUCUUAGGUCGAUAUAGCAUCGCCCAGAGAAUGUCCUGGGCUGCGAAGAGAAAGACGACCAGAGUCGAAGAUCAGGCGUACUGUUUGCUUGGGUUAUUCGGGGUUAGCAUGCCUCUACUAUACGGCGAAGGUGAAAUGGCAUUCAUCCGACUUCAGGAAGAGAUCAUGAGGCGAACGGAUGACCAGUCAAUAUUUGCCUGGUUAUUGCCUGGAUAUUCAGACAGACCUUCUCGCAACACUGGGUUCCUCGCCAAGUCCCCCUCUUGUUUUGCUCAGUCUAGCGGCGUCACCAGGAUUGACGCCGACCAUCGCGUGGCACCGUAUUCGUUCACAAAUAAAGGCAUCCAAAUUGAGAUGCCGAUACUCGACCCGAGCAGCUCGAAAUAUGGCUUCUCAUUUAUCCCCGGAGAUAACAAUGAGCAGAUUGGUUCCGCUGCAGGAAUCUCGUUCACUUUCUCCCCAACGAGCACGAUAGCUAUACUCAACUGUAACAAAGCGGGUCGUCAGAUAGGGCUCUAUCUGGAGAAAACAAACGAUCUUGAGCCAUUCUACAGAUGUAGUCACAAGCUGGGCUUUGUCUCAGUUCCUGAUGAUUGGGUUAAGCAGGCGAGGCUUGAGACUAUCCUCGUCAGGGCUGAAGAUCCGGAAGAUAUGGAAUCGCUGUGGGGCAAAGAUUCCGAUGCGCAGCAUAUCGUCGUGGACUUACCACAAGAACAGAACCAUGAGCACUACAAUGUUAAGGCAUUCCCGGCGGAUCGUUGGGCUAGCAGUGGCCUCUGGAGCCAUUCCAUCAUGCUCUCUUACGACGUUGAGACCAGCGGUAAAGAGGAGGUCCCUUAUCUGCAUGUUCAGAACGCAAAAACUGGAAACGGCUUCUGUUUGUUCUUCAAGUUCAAGGCCCCAGGUCCGCACAACGCGUGUCUUCUGAUGGACGUGGCCGCUGGCGAAGCUCCAACUAUCCCACAACCAUCCUCGUUUAUCGUCGCUGUCAAAUCGCCCAACCCAGGAACAAUGCCUAGGUCUCCGUCGCCGGCCUCACCGGCCCGUACCGAAGUCGACCACUCAAAGAACGAGGGCCAAGACAAUGAGGAAAACGGCGUCCACCAUCGUCACCAGAAGCCUCACCACUCUGUUGGAUUCUGGCACCCAUCAAUGAAGAAGGUCCGCGCCCACGUCAUUCGGCUAUGGAUUCAGACGAUCACCAUCCUCUUUCUCUUCAUCCUUGCAGUCUUGUCAAUGUACUGGGCUGUUCUCUUCCGCACCGAGGACAACCUGAGAUCAAUCAUCGUCCAUGUCGUCGAUUUUGAUGGACAGAUUUCUCCGUAUGAAUCAGUACAACCGAUCGUUGGACCGGCAGUCGUACAGACCGCACAGAAAUCACUAGACAAGCCAGGCCCAUCACUGGGAUGGACGAUCUUAUCGCCUUCACAUUUCAACAACGAUCCUACAGCAGUGAGGAUGGCCGUGUACGACUGGGGUAGUUGGGCGGCCGUGAUUAUUCACCCCAAUGCCACAGCAGCUCUGCAAGAGGCUGUUGCGAUUGGGGAUGCAAACUACGAUCCCGCAGGCUCAGUGCAGAUAAUCAUACAAACCGCGCGAGAUUCGACGACGUACCAGAGCGAUAUUUCACCUUACAUCACCCAGUUUACGGAGCAAUUCACGCAACAGUUUGGAAAGCAAUGGGGCCAGACUGUCAUGUCUAACACGUCCUUGAGUCGAGAGAACCUUGCUAGAGCUUCUUCCGCUGUUAACCCUGGCAUCGCGCCGUUGAUGAUUGAUCUCCGACCCUUCCAGCCUCCUACUGCUACACCUGCAGUGAGCAUUGGCCUCAUCUACCUGAUCAUCAUGGCCUUUUUCUCUUUCUCUUUUUUCUUGCCAAUUCACUCAAAAUACGUCCAGCCGCAGGGUCAUCCGCCCUUACAUUUCUGGCAGCUUAUCAUAUGGAGAUGGCUAGCCACAAUCGUAGCCUACUUCAUCAUCUCAUUCAGCUACAGCUUGAUAUCCCUGGCCUUCCAAAUCCCCUUUAGCGCCCCUCCAGCUUCACCAACGGAGCCAGCCCCUGCACUUGGAGCUACAGCUUAUGGCCGCGGCACCUUCCCCGUCUAUUGGAUGCUUAAUUUCGUUGGCAUGUCUGCCUUGGGCCUCGCCUGUGAAAACGUGGCAAUGAUUGUUGGGCAGCCAUGGACGGCUCUGUGGCUCAUCUUCUGGGUCAUAUCGAAUGUCUCGACAUCCUUCUAUGCCAUCGAUCUAUCACCGGGAUUCUACCACUGGGGCUACGCUUGGCCACUUCAUCAGGUUGUUGAGGGCAGCCGCCAGUUGCUCUUCGAUUUGCACUCCAGGAUCGGAUUAAACUUUGGCGUGCUAUUCGCCUGGACAGCAGUCAACACUGCACUCUUUCCAAUUUGUUGCUACUUCAUGCGAUGGAAAACAGAGCACGACAAGAGAAAGGCGGAAAAGGAGAAGGAUCGAUAUGUGGUUGAGACUGAGGAUGGCGAGAAGGAGUAUAAAAAGCCUGAAGGGCAGAAGCCACCCAUUAGAAAGCGCGGCUUUAUGAGAGGUCUUUAAUACCUCAAAUGGCCCAUGCUUAUCUUGACUUAUUAGUAAUUAUAUGCACCUCAUAGAAUAAUCAGCC